AUGGCCUGUGGUCUGGUCGCCAGCAACCUGAAUCUCAAAGCCGGGGAGUGCCUUCGAGUACGGGGCGAGGUGGCCCCGGACGCCAAGAGCUUCGUGCUGAACCUGGGCAAAGACAACAACAACCUGUGCCUGCACUUCAACCCUCGCUUCGAUGCUCACGGGGACGUCAACACCAUCGUGUGCAACAGCAAGGACGGCGGGGCCUGGGGUGCUGAGCAGCGGGAGUCGGCCUUCCCCUUCCAGCCUGGCAGUGUCGUGGAGGUGUGUGUCUCCUUCGACCAGACUGACCUGACCGUCACGCUGCCAGAUGGGCACACAUUCAAGUUCCCCAACCGCCUCAACCUGGAGGCCAUCAACUUCCUGGAGGCCAGUGGUGACUUCAAGAUCAAGUGUGUGGCCUUUGAGUGAAGCCAGCCAAUCCACGGUUCCCAAUAAAGGCUGCUGCCUUUCAUCUCCUUGAACC